AAUACGUAUAAGAAUGAUUGGUAUAAGAAGUUUCUCCAGAUUCGGGAGAACGUCUUUUAGUGUGUUAAGGGGCUUUCAAGCUAAUAUAUUAAGAUUUCGUCCGCAAAAAAGUUUCCAUACUAGAUCGAGAAUACUUAAACUUAAUGAAGAGGAAAAGAAUGAACUUCUUCGCCAGCAUUAUAAAAAUAUAAGGAAUGAACGUGAAGCAAGAGCCCGUAUGCGUAAUAGAAGCGCAGCUUACUAUUCGGCAUCUUUAGGGAUAUUUUUCCUUGCUCUUUCGUUUGCUGCUGUCCCUGUUUAUAGAGCCAUUUGUCAAAGAACUGGUUGGGCAGGUACUCCAAUAACGGAUAAUACUAAAGUCUCACCCGAUAAAGUUUUACCAGUUGAUACCAACAAAAGAAUCAGAAUCCAAUUUACUUGUCAAGCAUCAGGGAUUUUACCUUGGAAAUUCACUCCCCAACAGAGAGAAGUUUAUAUUGUUCCUGGGGAAACCGCUUUAGCAUUCUACAAAGCAAAAAACAUGUCUAAGGAAGAUAUCAUUGGGAUGGCUACCUAUACUGUUACUCCAGAUCAAGUAGCACCAUAUUUUAAUAAGAUUCAAUGUUUCUGUUUCGAAGAACAAAGAUUAAGUGCAGGUGAAGAAGUCGAUAUGCCAGUUUUCUUCUUUAUUGAUCCUGACUUUGCUAAAGAUCCCCAAAUGAAAAAUGUUGAGGAUGUUGUCUUGCAUUAUUCCUUUUUCAAAGCUUCCUAUAGCGAUGGUGAAUUGGCUGCUGUGCCUGUAGGAAACCUUGAAAUGCGUGCAUCAGUUGAACCAACUGACUCAGAAUCAAAUUAAACUAAUAAAUCUGUAAAUACUUUCUAUAAAACGCAAUC